CGAUUGUGUGUUAAUAUAUAUGUGUAUAUAUUUUUUUAUUAAGUGACGAUGGACAAUGUUACUGUGGAGACAUCCGGAAGCGGAAGUGAGCCGGAAUACACAACGGGCGUUAGACUGGUCGUGUUGAACCUGCCUGAAGAUGAGGGUGAAGGUCUGGGGUUUAGGCUCACCAGGACACUAUGGGAUCCUUAUCCUUGGGUUCGGGAGGUGACGCCAGGAGCUCGAGCUGACAUGGCCGGCCUGAAAACUGGCGAUUGCUUACUGCAAGCUGAUGGAAAGGAUCUCCUCGGGUUACCCGUGGGUCAAGUAGCUGGACUAAUCAGAGGAGACGGUGCAGGCCACGGGGUGUCUUUACUAGUUUGGAACUGUGGUGUGGACCCGAGAGACGACCCCGAGCUGCUGUGGAGCUGUGGCGGCGGCGCGCGCGGGGAGCGGUCUCGUCGCGCGCUGGGCGGCGUGCUGCGCGCGCUGUCGUGCUGCGUGUGCGCGUCCACCGCCACGAGGGCGCUCUCCUGUGCCAGAUCACAUCUAUACUGCGAAUCAUGCUGGACCCGACUGGAGCGGUGCGCGUUGUGCAGAGAAGCGUUACCGCCCAAAGAAUCACCAUAUGCCAAGAAUUUAGUUGCCGAACAGGUUUUCGAAGCAAUCGCAACUGAAUACGAAAUAAAAGAUACCAUAAAGAAACCAACUGUUUCGGUAUCAGCUUAUAAUUCUCCCAAUAGAUCUCCGAAUAUCUCGCCGGCGGUCAACCGCAAACAGCAAUAUCGCCUCUCAGCUAUGAACAGAAAAAAAACCGUACAUUUCACCGAUAAAUUCGGCCAAAACUACAGUUCCGAUCCAAACAUACAUCGUUCUUUACACAAUCAAGAGAACAAACAACAAAUCUGUUGUCAUUUACAACAAAAUCCCGCGUGCAUUGGAAAAUCUACUAAUUUGGGAGAAACACCGCAACCUGGCAACUCUGGAUGUAGCUGUCAAAAAAUUCAAAUCGAGAACGACGCUCCGAAAACGAAUGUGGACGUUACGGAAGGCGGGAAAUGUGAGGCGACGGAAUGUAACGCGCGCUGCCAUAAUUUACAACACAAACUGGUUGCGAAACUGAGGCAGGCUUGCUCAUUGGCUGAUUUACACAACGUUGCCGUGCAGAGUUGUACGCUGUCGAAUUCACUGAAUAAUUUACGCGAUUGCAAAGCACAUGAGCAACAGAGUAAUUCUUUGGACAAUUUAAAGAUCAGCGGAGUUAGCAGCAUUGAUCCUCCCGUAUUUGUUCUGUCAGCGCCGCCAAUUUACGUACUGACCUGCGAGCACAGCCAACACAAAUGAAUUUUGUUUAUGAUUUUAUCUCUAUAUAUAAUAUUAUAAUAAAUAAAUGCGAUA